UUCACUUUCCGUAACUUGCUUGCAAGCUUUCUUUCUUUUUGUGCCGUCAUGGCGGGAUCGGUUGGUCCCCUUCCCUGACUCCACGCCACAGUGCGUAGUCACGACCACUGGUUUGCUCCAAAUUCAGGACCGCCAGUUGAGUCUCGCAUUUUCCUCGCAGCUGCUCCAGUGUCGGACGAACGACCCUGACGGCUGGAAGUGCGGAUUUUUUGUCGAGUGAAGGCGGCUUCGGCGGCAGAUUUUCACACAUUCUCUUUUCGACGGUCAGUUGCGUAGCGACUUUGGAGCUUAGAUAACUGCCUCUUGCUGAUUCGUUCUUGUUCGUGGUGGUUAUUAGACUCCUGCCGGGCCGUGCCCUUCUAGCGGCACGGUAUCGGCCAUGGCGGGCGAAGGGGUGGAUGAACCGAAAAAGAAGGACGAGCGAUUAGAACCAGCAGACGAAGGGCCGAAGGAGAAUGCAGAAGAGAGGACAGCAGAGGCAGACGUAGAAGAAGAAGAGGAAACGGAGGAGCAGGCAGCAGAGGAAGCUGAGGAAGCAGAGGAGGGGGAGGAGGCGGAGGACGGAGAAGCGGAGGAGGAGGAAGAAGGCGAGGAGCAGCGGGAAGAGAACGGAGAGAACGGAGAAGAUUCCGCACAAGGAAGGGAGGAGGAAGAGGAGGAGGAGGAGGCGAGGCCUCUAUUAUCCGCAGCAGGCGCCGAGGCAGCGACAGCGACCGCAUCGGUGUCUCAAGCAGCCGCCGCUGCUGCUGCUGCUGCUGCGGAGGAGGAGAGUGCGGGGGCCGGGGGGUGGGGCAGCUGGGGAGGAGGGUGGGCGGCAGCGCUGUCGGUGGUGUCGGCGCUGCAGGAGGUGGCGACGGAGGUCACAGGGGAGAUAUCGCACGCGGCGACCGUGGCGGCUAAAGAGAUGCUGGAGACGUUUGAAGACGUGGACGGGCAGGCAGCGGCAGCGGCAGCGGGAGAAGGGGAGGGGGGGAAAGUGGCGCAGGCGCAGGGUGAAACAACGAAGCAAGCAGAGGACCAGCGGAGCGGAGAGCAAGGCCAUGGCAGUGAUGCUGCUGCUGCCGCUGCUGCUGGUGGUGUUGGCAGAGCAGAGGAGACUGCUGGGGGAAAUGAAGGCACGGAGAAGGAAGGGAAGGAGAAGGGUGAGGGGCGGUCAGAUGCAGUUGCAGUUGCAGGGGCGGUGGUGCGGGAGGCGCCAGCGGUGGUGAAGGCGGAGAAAGGGCAGGCGGGUGCAGGGGGGGACGCGGCGGGUGGUGAGAAGGGGAAAGUGGAGGGCGCAGGUGGUGGUGGAGGGGAGGCGGGGAGAGAUGAUGAGGAGGAUGGGCCUGAGAUCAUCGACCCGGACUUCAAGGCGUUUGACGAGUCCAUGGAGAACCUGACGUCAGGCGCGCUGCAGGUGCUGGGCAGCGCUUGGAUGGGAGGGCUCUCCCUCGUGCACCAACUAGAGCAGUCCACAGGCGCAGUGGUGCAGACGAUACAGCAGCAGGCCGCAGCCACAGCCACAGACACCACCACCACCACCACCACCACCACCGCCGCCACCACCACCACCACCACCACGGCCUCUCAUGCGGCGCCCAUCAGCUCAGCCUCCAUCCUUGAAAGCGGCAUGGGCAUGGCGGAGCAGGGCAUGCGCAUGCUGGAAGCCCUGGGCAAGGGCACCAUCGACAUGAUCGUGGCUGAGACUGGCAUCGAGCUGGAGAAGGACGGCGAGGGGGACGGCGACGGGGACGGGGAGAAACGCGCAGGAGGCGGAGGAGCGGGAGGCGGAGGGGGAGGGGGAGGGGGAAAGGAGGAGAGGGGGGAUGAUGAGGAGGAGGAGACGUCGUUUGACCACUGCUUCUAUAUCUACGGCGGCCCAGAGCACCUAGAGUCCCUGGAGGCUCUAGCAGACCACCAUACGGUAGUGUGCAUACGGGCGCGCGGCAAGCUGCCAGCAGAGCAGCGGGCGGCGUUUGACGAUGCUGUGAAGGACGUGCAGGGGGCGCUGACGCUGGGUGCGGAUGGUGGGGGGGAGAGCGAGGAGGAGGAGGGGGAGGGGGGGAGUGAGGGGGGGGAGGGGAUGGAGCUUCUGGGGAUAGAGGGCAUGGAGGAGGAGGAGGAUGAGAUGAGCGUGCUCCGGGAGUCCAGUGUCAGCAAGGCGCAGGAGCUCGCCAGUGGUUUCCGUGCGAAGCUGAGUGCGGAGGUGCCAGUGAAGGAAGCGGUGCAGCGCACAGUGGACAGGCUCGAUGCACUGCGCACAGAGGGCGUGCAUCGCCUGUCGGAGCUGUCAGCGCUGUGCCUGCUGCACAUGCUGCACAUUGCCAACUCCUGCAUCGCCUCGCCUGCUGCCAAGCCUCAGGAGCCAGGCACCGCCGCAACAGACAAGGGGGGUGAGGUAGCAGAGGGGGAGGAAGGAGGUGGGUCUGGUCCGUUCCGGUGGCCAGCAGGGCGGGAGGAGAGAGCGAGGCUGGUGGUGGCACGGGCUCGCACGCUUGCAAGGGGGGCAAAGGCUGUCAUCAGGAGCUUCCUCAAAGGUGUUGCUGACGUGGAGCAGGCUUUCCAGGCCGUCAGCGCAGGCAGUACAACAGUGGCUGCUGCAGCAGAGAAAGGUUCCAAGAAAGGAGCUCCAGAGGCAGCAGGGGAAGGUGGGGACGGAGGGGAAGCAGCAGCAGCAGCAUUGGUGAGACGAGUGGAGGUGAAGAGAGGCAGUGUGGCAGAGGGGCUGGUGGCAGAUGGGGAGGCGGCACGGGAGAAGCUGGAGAGUGCUCUGCAGCACUUGGUGUAUGUCGUGAUGGCGUCAUCCAUGGGGCUCACACAUGGCGGCUAGUUCAUGGGGCGGCAGUACUGCAAGUCGGGGUACGAGGCAAAUGCAUGGCAAGAUGGACUGAUGGAACGUGCACUAUGUGUCUGGACAUGCGAUUUCCAGCAGUGUUGGAUGACCAAGUGUUGCUCGCAGCUGUGCUUUGUUGCAGGUUAGUCUGGGAACAUGCAAGGUGCCUUCUCGUAUGUAGGUUAGAUAUGUUAGAAUGCAAGAAUGAUGGACUAGUGUAAGAAACCUAUAACAUAUACCUGUUGGGGUUGUACUCACUAGAAGCACACACCCCGUCUAGCCUAU